GUGAUGAAGUCAGUAAACCACAGGCUGCGGCGAGCGCUCCGCGGGCUGAUGCUCUGAUGCUUUCCACCGCCGCACACUCUUGAUAUGUCCCUGCCCGGGCUCGGCAGGGCGGUCACACUCGGUCUCCGGCAUCAUGGACCAACGGGAGAUCCUGCUGCAAAACCUGGAAAGGGCCCAAGGCAAGAAGCUCAACAGAGAAGAGUUUGUAGAUGAGUUUUUGAAGCUGAAAAGGCAGUCAACAAUGUACAGGUCGGAUAAAAUCUACCCCACAGCAGCAUCUGAGCAACCAGAGAACAUCAAGAAGAACAGAUACAAGGACAUCUUACCCUUUGACCACAGCAGAGUGGAGUUGUCCCUGAUCACAUCAGAUGCAGAUUCUCAUUACAUCAACGCCAACUUCAUCAAGGGUGUCUACGGGCCAAGAGCAUACAUUGCAACACAGGGUCCUCUCCCCACUACUGUCAUUGACUUUUGGAGGAUGAUUUGGGAGUACAAAGUCCAGGUCGUGGUCAUGGCUUGUAUGGAGUUUGAAAUGGGAAAGAAGAAAUGUGAGCGGUACUGGGCAGAGGCGGGCGGCCCUGCCCUGCAGUGCGGUCCCUUCUGCGUCGCCUGCGAAGCCGAAGAGAAGAAAAGCCAGUAUGUGAUUAGGACUUUAAAGGUGACCCUGAACAAGGAAACCCGCACUGUCCACCAGUUCCACUAUAAAAACUGGCCGGACCAUGACGUCCCCUCGUCCAUCGACCCCAUCUUGGAGCUCAUCGCUGAGAUUCGCCGCUACCAGCCAGAUGACAGCAUCCCCAUCUGCAUCCACUGCAGUGCUGGCUGUGGGAGAACAGGAGUCAUCUGCGCCGUCGACUACACGCAGAAGCUGCUGAAGGAUGGAAUUGUUCCAGUGAACUUCAGUAUUUUCAGUUUGAUCCAGGAAAUGCGCACGCAGAGGCCGUCCAUAGUGCAGACCAAGGAGCAGUAUGAGCUGGUUUAUGAUGCGGUGAUCGAGCUCUUCAAGAGGCAGAUUAAAGCACUCGAUGCCCAGGAGGAUUCUGCUGCUUCACAGGCACAAACAAGGCAUCCUGUAGCCAAGCCGCUCCUGACUCCAGUGGAGGAUAUUUAUUCUCUGAGGUUACUCACCUGCUCAGAGCGAGAGGAGCAGGAUGCGCAUCAACACCUUUCUCCAGCAGUACGAAGCAAAGCAUCACCGACAUCGUUGUCUUCUGCGGGAGCACCGGACAGCCCUGGACGUGCCGUCCCCAUCAGACAGGCCAUCUCCGUCAGCGCCUUGAACUUCAUCAGCUGCAGGAAGGCGGCUUCUGCCGAGAAAUGGGGUGCUGGGGAUGCUCUGCAGAAACACCGCAGCUUGGAGUUCAACAGCAUCUCUCCUGAGGAGCUGCGUCUGAGCCCGGGACCGAAGGGAGGCGGCAGGAGAGGCACUCGUGGCCGAGUGCCGCUGACACGGACCACGUCGACCCCUUUUGUGCUGGCGCAGCGGGCAGACGGCUGGCAGUGGGAAGGAGGGGACGCAAAGCCCGUUUUGCGUUCACAGUUGCCCAGUGCCUGCUACUCAAGCUUUCCGGUGGAGCAGCAGGAUGGAUUUUCCCCUGUUGAGCUGAGCGACUCGAGCUGGGACGUGGAUGACCCCCCAGCCCACAUGAACCACGGUCAAUGUCCUUACCCGCAUUGCUGCUCAGCAGAAGACCCCUAUUUCUCCUCGCUCUCCCUGGAUGUCCCUCUGUCCCCAGAGUUUGCUGGGCACCAUGUGGAAGGACAGGAUGCUCUCCUUCCUUCCCAUGCUGUGGGUGCCCCCGCCAUGGCCGUCCCGCCGCCCAGGGCUGCAUCCCACCAUGAUCUCCUGCAGAACGAUGAUGGGGUGUCACCCCCGGCCACCCCGCCACAGCCAGAUGAUGAGGAUCCUCCACCCCUGCCCGAGCGAACCCCCGAGUCCUUUAUUGUGGCCGGUGAGCCUGGACAAUUCCCUCCAGCCACCUCUGAUUUUCAGCUUCCAGACAGAAAUACAAACAUCGGAAUCUCUUUGGAGUGGAGUGGUGAGUCUCACUCAGUGGUGUUUGAUGACUCAGUGAGACUGAGACCAUGUAAGAGUAUGAAGCUUCGGAGCCCACGAACAGAGACAACCCGGGAUCGCUCUAACUCUCCUCCCCCGCUUCCUGAAAGAACCCCGGAGUCAUUUGUUCUUGCUGAUGCAGUGAGUCCGCAGCCUGCCGCAAGAGAUUCUGCCACGAGUCCUUCGGGCUUGGAGAAUGUUUCCGAAACGUUGUCAGAAGAGCCUACAAAAUGCUUUAGGAGAAGCAAGAGCUUGAAAAUACUGAAAAAUGUGAGAAAGAGUAUCUGUGGUCCAUCUUCUCUGACAAAACCAUCAGAAUCUGCCUUGUCCAACCACUCCAGGUCUUUCCUGAGCUUCGGCUUUGCAAGUCGAUUUUCAAAACCGAAAGGACCAAGAAAUCCACCGCCAGCAUGGAAUAUUUAGACAUUAUGGAUUUGUGAGCCCUGAUAUGUCUUGAGUGCUCAUCCCCAUAAGGUUUCCGUCAAAACAAAUACAUCAAAAGCUGUUGUGUGGUAUUUGCAGCUCAGGCACUACUUGCACACCCUUCAUCAGCUGAAGUUUUAAAGUAAAGACGAAUAUAGAAGCACCAGCAGCUAAGCACUUUCAGUUAAUUGACAAGAAGAUGGAAAGGAAAACCAGGAAUAGAUAUUUUUGUUGUGUUUUGGAAUGUAUUCAUUUCAAAAGGAUGGAUUGGAGCUUUCUGAACCAAAGUGUGAACUGGUAGCAGGACCCAGGGAAGACUGUUGGACACCAUAUAGGACCAAACAGAACACGACCCUGGGUUGUGCAGACACAGCACAGACACCGCUGAUUUUUUCUCAGGUUUCACGAGGUUUUUGCGCGGGAAUUUGCACCGAAAUUCAGCGAUCGCGCGUUUAACUGAGGAAGCGUUUUAUGACGCGCGAGAGACGCCGUGAAAAAGAAAUAAAACGUUUAUUUAUGGCCCUGCAGGGGUCUGUUGCACGGACA